GUUUCACUCAGAUGUAAAGCAACACUUCACUGUGGUAUAGUGUUACUAAAUAGCAACUAUAGCUGGAUUUAAACACACAGUCUAUCAGAUUAGAGGAAGUUAACAUCCACAGUAGGUGCUUAAACUAUAUAAAGAAAAGAGAGAAUUAUAAACAGAAAAUGGCUGAUAAGUGUGAUCUGUGUCUGCUGGGACUGAUCGUUCUCUCUUCACUUCUCACAGGUACAACUGGAGAAGAAGUGACUGAUGUGUUCAUCAGUUCUGGUGAAAAUGUCCGUCUGCCCUGUAAUAAUGCUCUUUCUGACUGCAAAUCAACUACAUGGAUCCAUAGCAGAUUCAGACAUUCAUGGAUAGUUAAAAUGAUUACUUUAGGGAAAAAGAAGAAAGACACAGAGAGACAUGAGAGACUGGGGUCUGACUGCUCUCUGAAUAUCAAGAAUGUCACAAAAGAAGAUUCUGGAUCUUACAUCUGCCAACAAUAUGUGAAUGGCAAACAACAAGGACCUGAUGCACGUGUUUUUCUGCAUGUUCUUCAUGUCUCUUCAUCAUCAUCAUCACCAUCAUCAUCAUCAUCAUCCUCACAGACUGAGAUCAGUCCAGGCCGCUCUGUGACUCUCUCCUGUCAGUUGUAUUCAGUCUCCUGUGAUGAUUGGGUCUGUUCUGAAGGACUUCAUCUGUCGUGGGUGAAUAAGUCUGGUGUUGAUCUGAAGACAGACUCCAGAUAUCAGAUAUCAUUACAUCGCUGUAUCAUCACUCUGACUACAACACUUCUGAAUGAAGAUGACAACAGAGAGUGGAGAUGUCAGCUUACUCUCAGAAAUCAACUCAAGACCUCAGCCAGAUACACUGGCAAUAAUUCAAGUACGAUUGGAGAAGAAGUGACUGAUGUGUUCGUAAGUUCUGGUGAAAAUGUCCGUCUGUCCUGUAAUAAUGCUCUUUCUGACUGCAACUCAACUACAUGGAUCUACUAUAACAGAUUCAGACAUUCGUGGAUAGUUGAAAUUAUUACUUUAGGGAAAAAGAAGAAAGACACAGAGAGAAAUGAGAGACUGAGUCUGGGGUCUGACUGCUCUCUGAACAUCAAGAACGUCAAAAAAGAUGAUUAUGGAUUUUACACCUGUCAAAAAUAUGUGAAUGAACAACAAGGAACUGAUACACGUGUUUAUCUGCAUGUUGUUCAUGUCUCUCCAUCCUCAUCAUCAUCCUCACAGACUGAGAUCAGUCCAGGCCGCUCUGUGACUCUCUCCUGUCAGUUGUAUUCAGUCUCCUGUGAUAAUUGGGUCUGUUCUGAAGGAAUUGAUCUGUUGUGGGUGAAUCAGGCUGGUGUUGAUCUGAAGACAGACUCCAGAUAUCAGAUAUCAGCUCCAGAUCGCUGUAUCAUCACUCUGACUACAACACUCCUGAAUGAAGAUGACAACAGAGAGUGGAGAUGUCAGCUUACUCACAGAAAUCAACUUAAGACCUCAGCCAGAUACACUGGCAAGAAUUCAGAUGUAACAUCAACUACAGCAACAGUACUGAUUACAGUGAUUGUGAUUGUUGCUGCAUUCGCUGUUCCUCUUUCUGCUCUUAUUAUCUGGAUGAUUCGUAAAAAAAAAAGUGGAUGACAUAGAAGAGGAAAGUGACCCUUCUGAGCCGACAUAUGCGAAUUAUUCUGAGAUUUCAGCACAAAACAUGACAGAAUAAUAUACACAUUCUAGAAUUGAGAACAUGGAAACAAACUCAACACUGGCUGGUGAGAAGAGAAUCAAGAAAAGUAACUGCAUCGUGCUGACUCUUAAAAAGAACAGACAUAAAACCUUCUUCUUGCUUUCACUAAUUCUUAAAUCCCUUUCCUGUACUAUUCUAGACCAUGACUGAAACUUUGUAUUGUUCCUCGUCUUUAAGUUUAAUCGCUAUGUUGUGUUUUUCAUUUGUAAGUCGUUUUGGAUAAAAACAUCUGCUAAAUGAAUGAAUGCAAUUGUAAGCUUUAUAAGCAAUAAAUGUAAAGAGAAGAAGAGUCUUUUUGUAUAUACAUUUCAGGAAUACUCAGUGAAUUAUUUUAUGAAUGCUUCCUUCAAGCAUGAUUUGUAUAUUAAAUGCUUGCCAAAAUCCCA